GUCAUGUGCAGUGAGGAAGCGUUUAGAGCGCUGAGAUUCCCACACAGCACUUUGUUUAGGGAUUUAUUUUCUAUUUUAAAACUAAUAUUUAUUUUUAUUUAGUGGCCUUUGCAUCAAUAAUGCCGAAUGAAUGUUCCAAUGAGAAUCACCAGGGACAUCUUCAGGUUACUGGGAUUUGGCAGCGAUGAACAGAAAAAUCCCAGAGAGGAUAAAGAGGAAACUGAGGAUGAAGUGGAGUACAGAGGUCAUAUUAUAGAGAAUGGUAGCAAUAAAAUAAUGUUAAUCAAGGAUGAGGAAAUGAAUCCAGAUGGGAGCCUUGAUAGUGAAGAGCGAGCAAAGAGGCGGGCAGAGCGACGGAGGGCAAAGAAGAAGCGACAAAGACACCGGAAGAAGAUAGAAAACAUUAAAGAUGACAAACAUGAACAAAAUUAUCAGGAAGUGCAAAAUACAUGCAAUGUAGAAGAGCAAAAUGCAGCUGAAAAUUUUGAAGAAAAUGGACAGAUUGAAAUGAUUAUUUUUCACAGUAAGGAGGAAUGUACGCUGCCCCUGGCACCCACGGGAAACAAAAACCGCCAUAACUUUAAAUUUGACUGUACUGAAGAAGAACCAGAGUGGGACGUCAACAGCGCCUUUGUAGCCAAUGCAGCCAGUCACAUUAAACCAAAGAGCACAACCAAAGUGAUGUGCAAAUCCAAAGAAAAUAAAGAAAAUGAGACCAAAAAGAAGGGGGUGAACCUUACGGAUUCAGUAAAAAGAAGCACACCAUUUGCAGAGAAAGGGAUCAAAUAUGUGGAAAAAGGAGAUUUUCCUCAGGCUAUAGUGAUGUUUACAGAGGCGCUUAAAUUUGACCCAAAAGAUUACAGAUUUUUUGGCAAUCGCUCUUACUGCUACCAUUGUCUUGGACAGUAUGAUAGUGCCUUAAGUGAUGCUGAAAAAUCGAUCCAGCUUGCACCUAACUGGCCAAAAGGUUAUUUCCGUAAAGGGAGGGCAUUGCUUGAUCUGAAGAGGUACAGCGAAGCCAUGGCAGCCUUUGAAAUGGUUUUAGAACUAGAUCAUGCUUGCCAGGAGGCAGAGAAAGAACUUUAUGCCUGCCAAGUGCAACAGCUUAUGGAGAUGGGCUUCUCUCAUGAGCACAGUGUCUUAUUAUUGGAAAAGUUUGACACAGUUCAGGAGGUUGUGGACUCUGAGUUUCCAGAGAAAGGGCUGGAUGAUUUGGAAUCCCUACUGCAGAAAACUAGUACUGCUUGUGCUUCACUCUGGGUGGGUAACGUUACAGCUGAAGUGAAGGAGAAGCAACUUCUAGACUUGUUUAAGAGUUAUGGAGAGGUCAACAGCAUAAGAAUUCUUCAUGAAAGAUUUUGCGCCUUUGUUAAUUUUAAGAGUGCAACUGCAGCAAGCAGAGCGAAAGAGAAGCUUCAGGGCAAAGAGAUUGAAAACACUAAACUGGUAAUCCGAUAUCCUGACAGACAUAUUUCACGGGCAAUCCUAAUUCCGCAGCAGGCACCUGAGUUGUCAGUACCCUUAUCUGCACAACCUUUCAUCGCAGGGUCCAAGCGUAGAGGCCCUGUUAAUGGCAAUGAGUGUUAUUUUUGGAGAACCACUGGCUGCUACUUUGGUGACAAGUGUCGCUACAAACAUGUUCCUGAACAUCGCUGGAGGGACAAGAGACUGUUGCAGUCAUAAGCACUGUAUUACACAAAUUCCAACCGAGCGCUGGCAUGGAAGCUGUGCUCUCAGGUCUAAAAUGGGCAUGAACACCUUUUAUUGGAAAUUCACCUAGAAGGGUUUUGAUAAAAAUAUAUUUCUUCUAUUUGGUGUAUCAGUAUAUUUUAAGCAGUUGAGGAGAAUCUUGAUAUUUUUAGCUGUUUAAAAAGGGGUUUGUGUAUUGUUUUCUAAAGGUUUUUAAAUUUCAAUAGCUAAACAGUCUUUUUUGCUGCAAAGCAAUGUAAGACUCCCACACUAAAUUUGUGGGCAUAACUUAAAAGGCAGAGGACUCCUGAAACCAAAAUAUCCAUAAAUGAUUAAUGUGGGAUAAGUAGUAUUGCACUGUCACUUUUAGAUGCUUUGAUUUAUAACAAAUUUAUCAGAGUGCCUUUUCUUAUUUAGACAUCUGGCCAUACAGGGUAGUAAAAUAAUUAGUUGUUCUUUUUCUAGUACUAGGUGACAAUCAAACCAGUUAAGGGCUAUGGCAGUGAAUGCACGUCAUAAUUCUUAGUUGCUUAUUAAUACGUGAGUAAUAUAUGAUGCAUUUAUUAAAAAAGGUAUUUUUUACUUUAUCAAGGGAUGGCUUGCUUGGUAAUGUCAGUUGUUCCCAAAAUUCCUGUGCCCCUUACUUCAUACGUAGCUCAUGAACUAUGUGUAGUAUCUCCUUACACACUGCCUAAACUGGAAUGAAAAGGCAGUGAUCUGAUAAUUGUCGGAAUACCAUAACCUUUACUGUUUACAUUAUUAAUUCCUUCAAGUUUAUCUGUUAAUUCACGCAUUGAUGUUUCCAGUAGUUUUCUAUUCAGUAGAAUUCUGUAACACUUUGUGGCCUAGGUGCAUUUUGAGAAAGUAUCCACAUAAAGUUCAAAACAGUAAUUCUUUACAGCAUUUGUGCAAUAACAUGCUGGGAGCUGUUACAUGAGAUCAGAUUUCAUCACACAUAAAACUUGCUUUUUUACCAUUAUUUUCUUUUUUUUUUAGUAUAUAGGCAACCUUAUCUGAAUAUUUAUUUCUUUAAUUUUAUUGUAUUUCUACAAUUUCUUUCUAUGGCUUUUUUGCUAUUUUAUUCCACUUUUUAAAAAUGUUCUACUGUAGUGUUUGAAAUGCAUCAGUAGGUGUCAGGAGAACCCAAAGCUUCAGUCUACAGUUCAGAUGCCAGAUUGUAGUAUAAUUUGGGCUGCAGUUAGAUUGUGGUUAGUUUGCUGCUACUUGUUAGUGCUACAGUGCACAAGAGACACUUGCAGUGUUAAGGAAGUCAGUUUUGUUUAGAAUAUGCAUCACCUUAUCAGCUGUCAUAGAAAUUAAUGCUUUUGAACACAUAAAAUGCCGAUGUAUUCAUAAUCACUGUAUUUGUUAACAUUUUAAUAUUUUUAAACUUCUUAAACAUUAGUAUGUAUAAAUCUCAGUGCUUUGUAUUUAUUCAUAUUUAUUUUUUUCUUUUUUGUUUACAUGAUUUAUACUAUUUAUUUUACUGAUUUUAAACAUUUGUUCCUAAUGCAUUACCUUUUUUUAAUCACAACCAGAUUAAAGAAACAGUUUUGUGGUAACGAUAUGGAAAA